GUGUUUCUGUUAGGUUAAUGUGCAGUACAGCUGAAGUUAGUUCAAUUUUGACGCUGUGAACAUAUGACUUUGACGUAACAUGAACAUGAAAACAGCAAUCUUUGAACUGAUAACGUACUUGCUAGGGUCAAUAUUUGUUUAGAACAGCUUCAUAGAUCUUUUUUGUUUUUUUAUGAAAUAGGUGUUGUUGUUGACCUGCCUGGGAAAUGAAAAAAUACGUAGUGGACAUAGUAAUACAGUUAAUUGGGUAAUGACGUAUACUUAAUAAUACGUUGUAAUGUCAGGAAGUAACCUCGAUGAAGCUAAGAUAACAGUAUUUGGAAUAAUCUAGUUAAGGUUUUCUGAUUCUAUGCUGUUUUUUACUGAGUUGAUCAGCUAGGAAUAAUAUUUAUAUACAAAAAGAACUUAGUUUAAUUUAAGUUUUCUUUUAAAGAGGAAAGAUUAGCAGCAAAAUGUCAACAGGUCACUUCUUGAGAUCUGUUAUCUUGGUGUCUGAAAAAGCAGCAAAAAUCGCCCGAGCAAUUCGUCAAGAAGAACAUCUCUUGUCCCUUCUAGUUCGUGAGAAAAAGGAGGAUGAGAAAAAUCAACGGUUUGCUCAUGACUUCAAAACUUUGGCCGAUGUGCUUGUUCAGGAAGUUGUGAAGCAUGACUUAGGAUCUGAGUUUCCAGAUUUGGUUGGCCACAUCUGUGGAGAAGAAAGCAAUGAGUUUUCCUGUCUGGAUGGGGAAACGAUCUGUCUGACGGUAGGUGGUACAGAGGAAGAAACGUACAACCAGUUGGUCAGAAUCCUCGGAAAUGAAAGAGCAGCUUGUACUCUAGCUCAUCUAGUUCACUCUACCGCAGAGGUAGACCUGGUCAUCCCUUCCUGUAGUUUAUCUACAGACGAACUGGCCAUAUGGAUAGACCCUAUUGAUGCAACUGCAGAGUACAUCACUGGAGGUUCAGUGGAGGGUGAGGUGGCGGGAAUGUUCCGUACGGGGCUACCUUGCGUUACAGUGUUGAUCGGAGCUUUCCACCGUCUCUCUGGCACUCCCGUACUAGGUGUGAUCAACCAGCCUUUCUGCCAACAGUUUUCCGACAGAUGGGAAGGAAAGAUUUUGUGGGGGUUUGGUAGAGAAAAUAAUCUUACGUCUCACAUUCUAGAGCCAUCAUUACCUCAAACAAACAAGCUGGUGGUCCUCAGCUGCAGCGAAAGUGCUGAGGUGAAGUCGCGUCUUACAGCGGGCGGGUUUAAACUGAUAGAGGCGGCCGGUGCAGGCUAUAAGCUGUUGUGCGUUGCGUUGCGGCUCGUCUCUGCCUAUGUUCUCAGCAAACCGUCCACAUACUACUGGGAUACUUGUGGUAUACAGGCAGUGCUCUUGGCUAUGGGUGGGGGGGUAGUAAGUUACUCAGAUGCUUUAAGGGGGGAGAUAAUUCCUCUUGCUUAUCAGAAGGGGAAGGGAACUGAGCAGUGCUGCAAUGAAAGCGGACUGAUAGCAUACAGCGACCGUGCAGUUCUUGAAGAGAUUGUAAUGUUGCUUAAGUAGCCAAGGUGUAACUAUCUUAUCUGAUAGUUCUUAUUGUUUGAAUCCAUUGAGUACUUAUCACGGAUCAGUUCUUGUAAUUUGUAAUGUUUUUCCAUCAUGUUAUGAAUUAAUAUUUAUCAAAACUAAACAAAAUAACCGUACUUAAAGAACAAACAUGGAAAUAAUUUAAAUAAAGUUAUAAAACGGUAAAUUAUGCUCUUGUUUCAUGUUAUGAAGUAGUUACAUUUUUGGUAAUAUUCAAUUCAUAGAUUUUUAACUUUUACUUUGUAGAACCUUGCUUUUUAUGUUUACCAGCCUUCAACCUGUAUUAGCUUAUAAGUUUUAUCUGUGAUUUGGGUAACCAAAAACAGAACUGGGAAAUAAAUGCCAAAUGUUUUUGCAUAUCCAAGUAAAUUAUGCUCGGUGUUAAAGGGUCAUCUCAAUCUCUGUAGAAUUAACUGAAUAAAUUUGUUCUAUGCAAGUUAUUUUAUCACGGGUAUUGACUCAUUCAUAAAUGAGAUUAUGGUUUGGAUGACCAACGUUGAGUCUUGAUAACAAUUCAAUGAAUGUAUUAGGUUUAGUUGGAUCGUAGAACCUAGAAAUUGAUCAAUUUUGAAAUAUUGUUUUGUUUUAUUUAUUAUUAUCUGUGAGUUAUUUUGUUUACUACACUGUUAUCAGAGUCAUUAUGAUAAAUUAAACUACUAGUCAGGAACGUAACGGCUAUGGCUAAAACAAAUUAAAAUGAUAAAUGAAAUGACAUUUCUUGAGUCUUAUAAAUUUAAUUUUGAGAACUAUAGUACUUGUGCAGACACAGUGAUGCAUCAAAAUGAAGAAAUUCUCUAUUACAACAUGAUGGUAACUCCAUACUACUUUGGAGCUUAAUGAACAACCAAUUCAACUAUAAAAACGUGCAAGAUAUCUUAGACAUAGUGAAAGAUGAAAAUAAGAACCUCUCAAAUAAAAGUGACUAGUAAAUUGAAUUCUAGACUAAGAAAUAUUAGUUUUGAGGAACCUUGUGGAGAGAAAUCGAACAAAUGCAAGAAAACUUUCUAAUUAUAAAAGAGCGAAGUGUUUGAUAUUAUAAGGCAAAAUUUUGAACUAAUAAUCUAAGGAAAUGUAAGUUAAAUGUAAAUUUAACCCUUGAGAGUGCCAGCGGAUUAGUACCGUUGCCUAACAAGAAGUACCACGGUGAAUUAGGACUGUUUUGUAUGUUUUCAUUUAGAAGCUUUCUGUAAGUUCUUUUUUUGAGAUAAAUAUCAUUUUUUUGUUUUGGAGUAAAUUAUGUUUUGGGAAUUCUUAUUUAAUUUUGAGUUCAUUCAAAGGUUAGGUAUUAAUAUUAUUAAAAAAUAUUUUACUAAUGGGAGCACUUUUGAUUUCAAUCUAUACCAAAUUAUUAACUUAUGUACAAAAUUUAAAAUCCUUAUGGUAAAUAAUAAUAAUGUUGUAUUAUUUUUUAACAUCUUUGUUUAUUUUGUGGAAAACAAAUACUGGAAAUAGCAAUAUUUUUACAACUUGCUGAGACAUAGAUGUUAAUAAUAAAUCUAAUUAGGAUAAUAAAAAAUACUAAACCAAUGUAACUUUAUUUGUAAUGAAAGGACUUAGGCCUCACUUAAAAAGCUGUAAUUUUUGUACAGCACUGGCGGUGUGAUUCUGUAAAAACAGAGCGUCUAUUUCUUUAUUGCAUUUGUUACAAAUAAAAACAGUUUAUCCUUCUUCCUCGUCAACUAGUACUAGCAGUUCACCAUACACAAUAAAUAGCUAGGUAACCCACAACUCAGAUGUCAUCUAAGUAUAGCUGACCAUCGAAUACUAUUACAAAGUCUUAUUUGAACUAAGUUAGUAGAUUAUGACUGCAAGAAAAAUAUUUGAUUAGUAAAUAAUGAAUAUUUAUUAAAUGCCCAUCAGUACGAUAUUGAGCAUUAGGACUUUGGUGCUCAAUGAGUCGAGCUUAAAUAAGGAGUUGAAUGAAAGUUUUUCGCCUUUAUAAAAUAUUCUACUUAAGGAAGAAUCAAACGUGAAAUAGGUAAAGACUGUUGUUAAGGUAAAAGCAUUAACAAUAGGCUCAUAUUACCAGAUAGCCGAAUAACUAAGGUGUCAUUAAAUUUUACUGGUGAUAUGACAGACAGCAUUUCACCCUCACCAAUUCCGACGGAUAAGUGUAAUGAUAAGAGCUGUUUAUAUUUUUUUAUAAUAAAGAAACAAACUAUUGGAAAACAAUAUAGGCUUUAUUAAAAAAAAGUAGCCCAAAAAGUAGAUUAAUAAUGAAAAAAAUAGGCUUUGUAUUCUGAAUUUAAAUAAUGCUGAUGCGUAAAUGCAAUAUAAUACAUGUGGUUAGUACCUAAGAACAAUUUAGAAAAUGCAGGUUCUAGAGCUGUGUACAGCUAUAUAUCAAAAACAAAAUUCUUAAUUUGUCCUAUUGGUAAUACACAGAUAUUACUAUUUUAAAUUCUUAAAAUGCUGAAAUUAGUUUAUACAAAUUUGUAACUUUUAAAAAUGUUUAGCUAUGAUUACAUAUAGUACGAAACAAAAACAUAUAUUCAAAUAUAAUGUUCACGACGUAGCAUUGUCACGUAGAAGUUCAAACUACAGGGUUGCAGUUGAAUGAAAUUUCCAAAUUUAUUAAACAUAUUCUCAAAAUUUGUUAACACAGUCAGAGAGUUAGAUGGGGCUUACUAUAGUCAACAUGAACCGUUAAAUAACAAAUAAGGCUUUAAAAGAAUACCAUGUAAAAUAAUUUUUGAUAUAAUUUACAUGGUUACUUAUUUUUUAGUUGGUUUUUAUUCAUAUAUUGUUAUUUAGAUUUUUGUUUUGUUGAUUUAUUUAGAAUUUGAAUCUGUUUAAGAGACGCUUUUACCAUAGAGUGUGAAAAACUUAAACCACAACAACUUAAAUAUAAUGUUCUAAGGUUUAGAGUUAGUUAUACAUAGUGUUUUAGCAAAAGUAGUCUUAUAUACAUGGUUAGGUACCUCUUUGAUGUUUCUAAAUUGUAGCCAUUUCAAAUGUAAUGUACCAAUAAAGUCUUUGAGAUUUCAAGCUUUUUCGAGUUCUAUAAUGUUAGGUUUUAGUAUAAGAAAAUAUUUACAUGUAAUUUCUGUGUUUGGCUGUGUUAGUUAAAAACAACACUGUAAUAUUUAAUAGCAAUGUCACGGAUCUAUAAAGUAACAUAUAUAAAUUAAUCUAACGAUCUUUUAUAAUUAUGGUGAUUUGGCUAAUGAAUUAUGACUUUUAAUAUCUACAUAGAAUUAAAGAUUUAAAAAUCGAAUAAAGUAAGAUUUUUACAUGUAGAGAAUAAAGCAGUCUACCAAUAUAACCAUUAUUAAUAAAAAUAAAUAUACUAAGAAAUUGGUCGCUAAAUCGAUUAACAAAGUGUUUGUUCAUGUGAAAACACAUUUAUGACCUAUAAAAAUUUAUAAUUUAUGAUUUAGAUCUUAAAAAUGAACACAUAUUCUAGCCUGUUUUAUUAGUCAGAAAACAUAUUCCAUUAACACGUAUAAUAAUGCUUAGCAGAUUUAUUAGGAAACCAUUACAUUUUUGAAUUUUUUGUACUGGGAGGUCAAGUAUUAGAUACCUGUUUGAGCUCCUUUUGGAUCUUCCUCACGCUGCCUGUACUUAUUUUUUUUCAUAGAAUGUGUUGAUGUACCAUCUAGAUAAGUCAUGGUCAGAGCAGGUUAUAUAAACAAUCUCACUAGAUUAAAAAUAUGUUUGAAAGAAGUUUCAGCUAGCAAUACAAGCAGAAUGUGUUCAAAAUAUUUAUUUCCUUUAAUUUCAUACCUUAUAUCUAUUCCCAUGCUAAUUAUUAGGAUGUUGAAUUGGUAAGAAAAAUAGUGAAAUUAUAUUCCAAAAUAUUCAUUUGGCGAGUUGUGUGGUUUAAUAUUUUUAAGAAUCUGAAAGGCCAUCACAUGUCUGUACCAUAUUUAUAUCUUGGCUUCAGCAGAGGCACAAAUACUUUCCUGUUGCAUGAGAAAGGAUUGAUACUCCCUAUUUUACUAUCGAGUAUAUGUUUGCUUGCUUCUAAUUUUGAAUAGUUAUUUCAUGAUAGUCAUAAUUAGUGUGAGAGGUUUUUUAUUAACUACGCAUACAAUGUACUUUAAUUAGUUUUAAUUUAACAAUUCUGUAAUUCUUAGAUAUUUAGUGUUUUUAAUUAUUUUGAAUAUAUUUUUAAUAUUAGUUUAUUUUUGCCAUGUUUUAAAUUAUAUGAUUCAAAUAUGUCGUUAAUGUGUUCUAAUCUCUUUGCAAAAUAUUUGUUCAAAUGCAUUUUUAAUCCUCAGGUACAUUUCAUGCAAUUACUCCCUCUCAAGUAUUCUUUUUUAUUGUUAAUAAUUACUUUGGUUAUUGACACUGGUUACUGAUGUGUAAUCCAAGUGUAACUAGUACUGUUGAUAUAGUAAUAUUUUUACAUUUUAUUUUUGAUCUUUUAUUAGAUAUUGUUAUCUUUGUUCAUGAUGUGGUUACUGCUGUAUGGUCACCACAAAGGAAAACAGAUUCGAUAUUGUUACUUAUUUAUACAAUAUUCUUGUGUUUUAUUAACAUUCCACUACUAAAGCUCAGUAUUAAUCAUUUAUAUUGCUCUAAGUUACCUUUGGGAGAUUUUAAACACCUUAUUUUGGUUUAUUAAAACAGAAAAUGUGUACUGUCUGUCUCAAGUUGAAUAAUACUGCAUUCAAAGCAUUUUCUGUUAUGAGUCUGUUUGUUUAAUAAUUUUGUAGGAAAAUUCCUGCUAUCACAAUUUAUUUCUUAAUUUAGUAUUCAAACCAAGUUGUCAAAAGGUGGAUGGAGUGUCUAUAAUAACAUUUUGUUUGUGGUUUAUGGUGGCGAACUAAUUUUACCUUUAGAUGUACUGAUCGUCAUAAACAUGAUAUUUUGGUUAGGAUUAUUUUGAUAUCCAAUUAAAAAAUAUUCAAAUAAAAAAGAAUUCAAUUCACGUAAUCAUUUUUACCAUUGCUAAUGAUAUAUUCAGCAGUUUACUUUUUUUACAAGUAAUACACUCAGAGUGUUUUUAAACUCACUCCUGACUUUUUGGAGAUUGUUGUUUGGCUCGAUAACUAAAGAUCAUACAAACUAAACCUCCAUGUGAGAACGGUGUGUUUUGGAAAUGCUUGGUUUAACAUCUUUGGGGUUUCUCAAAAAUUAAUUGUUACCAAGUGUUGGUGGUAUAGUUUUGCACGUUGUUGAUUUAAAAUAAAUAUAAAAUUUUUCAGGGGAAAUGAAAUCAACUCUACAAAUAUCAAAAUCCUUCCCAGUAAUCGUCCAUCACCAACUUGGCACACCUAUACCUAAUUUAUAGGAAUUCUGUCUAAAUCACUCCUAUUCUUGUUGAACUAUAUUUGAAUAAUAUCUUAUUAAUUUACAUUGGUUAGUAAUUUACCUGUAAUGUAAUGAAUUACUUAGGAGUUUAUACAGUUAACAGGUUUAUUAAAAAACUUUAUAAAAAUCUGUACUUUACUGUACUACUUUGAUGUUUUCAAAAGUAACUUUGUCUGUUUACAAUAAAAUUUUUUAAAAGCUUAAGUUUUUUUAUAACUGUAGGGAAGUAUUGUUGACCUAUGAAUUAUAUAAAUAAUAAUAACUUACAUCGCCUUUUAACAUUAUAGGACUUUUUCUUUCAAAGUCAAAGGUAAUCUAAAAUUAUUUUUUAUUUUGUGAACUUGUAAUAAAAGUAUUAGAUAUAUCAAAAAUUAAUAACACAGUUAUACUGUAUUAUUUACAUAAAAUAUUUUACAGUCUUUAAUCAUAAGUUAAUUGGUUCUAAAACAAAAUGUAGCAAGCAUAGCAAGGUUCUAGGUAAUAUUAAAAUAAUGUGCAACAAACGAAUAACAAUUAAAAACGCAUUUAUUUUCAUUAAAACUUUUACAUAGUCUAACUAAAUUGAUUCAAUCUUGAAUAAUUGUUUUAAAGAAGAGAGGUGGUCAUAGUAUUCUUAGACAGAGUAAUAGAUGUUUUAAUUAAGAAGGACUUUACAUUGUAGUUUAAAAAAUACUUUUUGUGUAAGUAUUUUAAUGUUUAUUUAUUUUGAAUUUUCGUUUGAUAUUACUUGUAUUUUCAAAUGAAUGUAACAUGGAAUAAAAUUUUACUAUACAGUACAACCUUGUUUAACCAGUUCUCAUUUAUUUGGAUCUGGAUCGGUUCUACAGAGUGAAAUGAGUAGAAGAAUAAACUGAAUAACUGAAGAAUAAAAUAAAUAAACCAAUUUCAGAAGAAUAAACUGUUUUUGUUGAAUUUCAAGCGUAAUGCGUUUUUUCAUUAACAAUGUUAUCUAAUGUAGAGAAUAUGGCAUAAUAAAUAACAAACAUACAUCAGGCAGAACGAGUCUGAAUCGAGACAUCGAACUCCCCAAAGCUUUGAUCUGAGCCAUGUAUGGACACAAUCACAAUCAACUGAGCCUUCCACUUAUGGUACAUGAAUACCAAUCACCACAAAAAGCCCAAGACAAUGAGCCGCAAGAGGAACGGAUGUGACUGCCUAGCAAAGUCACAUUGUUUUGAGUCUUUGCUCAUGAGACUUCUAGUUGUAGUCGGCACCCACUAUGCUGGAUUUGGCCUUAAAGGCUCAGGUAUAACCCAUGGAUGGUGGUUUCACAUGAUAGCUUGGUCAAGCGCAUGAACCAAGUGUAAAAACCUGCAGUUCCUUUUGUACUGAGCAAGAUUACAAUUCCAACAGCUCGCCAUCAGUAGGGUAAAACUAACCUGUCUCACAGCGGUCUAAACUCGCCGCUGGUUCAGACCACAAUACACAACUAACCGCCGUAUUGUUGUACAAUGUCAUAGUAAGCCUACAAGAUGAUAGUAGUAAAUUUGAUACAUGUUAGUGAUUAACUUCAGACUAAAAUUGGCACUGGUGCAAGGACCAACAUAGAAAUCGUAUCUGUAACUGUCAGCACCAUGUUCUUCAGCUGUAACAGACAACGGUAAAAAACGAUUCUGAUAAUGAAGAAGUGAUAGAUGCCAUUCUGAUGUCACGGCACAGCUAGACUGUUCAGUGGUUUGUUUUGAGUAGUUUGACACUUUGUUAGCAGAAAUGGUGGCCUUGAAAUGUCAGCAUGAUUGUAACAGAGUUAAAACGGAAGAAAGUGACUUGAGUUUUGUGUGACACAGUACAAAAUAUUUUGUUUUAUGUGUUGAUUCAUUUGUUUUCUCUGUAAUUAAUCUUUGUAAAACAAAAUAAUAAGUUGAAUCUCUUUAACUGUUGAAUUUGAAACACAUUUUUAACUCUGUGUAAUCUGGUGUUUUUUUACUGUACUCUCGAUUUAUCCGGGUUUUCAUUUAUCUGGAUCGUUUCCGGUCCAGUUAAUUUGUAUAAAUGAGGUUGUUCUGUAAUUAUUAUACCUUGAAUAUAUACUAUAAGUGUUCCCCAUUGACAAGUUGGUUUAGGUUCUAAAACUAGAGAUGCUAAAUUUUUUACUAAUACCUUAAGGUAUUUAGCAUUUAAUAAACCAUAACAGUCUAAAAUGUUUUAAAAUCGUAAUUUAAGCAGUACACAUUAUGAAUAAAGAACAAUCAUGCCCUGCCAUACAGACUCAUUUAUUUAAAUGUAUUAGUCAUUGUUACAACAUUGAAUUCUUCACAUUUGUCUACUUAACUCUUGUAAAAAAAAAAAACAAUACUAAAAAAGCUAGUUAAGCACAGUUAAAGUAGUAUUCUUAAUUUGUGGUUUGCACCAUAAGAAUAGUCAUAAUCAAUGUAUGAAACUAGUUAGCCUCUUUAGUACCUGAUAUCUUAGAAAGUUUUGGAAUAUAAAUUAUUAUUUGUUACUUGUUGUAUACCAUAUAAAUUAUUGUAGAUAAACUUGCUUUAUUAUUUAUUGUUCUAAGUGAUAGAUUAUAAUAAACUGAGAUCAAAUAAAUUUUAUUUAUAGCUUUUAGAAGACCAUUCUAGUCAUAUAGGUAUGGUGAGAUAGGUCGAUUAAAUGUAAAUGUUGAGUUUACCUCCAGUUCACUUUCCUCUUAAUGCAGUGUCUGGCAUUUGUUGCUGUCACAAACUUGAUUCCUGAAAUCUGGAGUCAUGUUUGUCUGAAAAGAUCCAAAAACAGUUAGCGACGAAGAAGCUCAAAAUGAACUCUUUAUAUUGUUUUGACAUUUAAAACACCUAGAUUACAAAACAUAGUGUCUCAGUGUCUCAUGACAAUUGUGCACUUAAUGAGACAAUGAGAAUACCUCUUCACCUAAAUUACACCAUAUUUUGUAGUUUGUAUUUUAGUCUAGGUGUCUCUGAUGUCGAAACGAGGUAAAGAGUUCAUUUUGAGCUUCUUCGCUACCGACUUUCUUUGGAUAUCGUCAGACGAUUCCGAAAGUGAAGUCUCUGGCAGCGUCAGAUUUCAGAUGCACUAAGAUGAAAGGGGAUCGGAGCUAAACUCAAUAUUCACACAAUUCUAGUGUUAUUGUAGAGUUUGUGUUAUAGCUUGGCAUUUAUCUUUGAUAUGUUAAAAAUGAUGACAUAAUAGUAUUAAAUAUAUAAAUCUUAUAUAUGAAUCUAUAAUAUUAUUUUUAGAUAUUUGUUUAGUGUUAAAAUGUUGUGAAUGUUGAUGUAACCUACUUAAAUAAAGAAAAAUAUCCAACAGC